GCAUUCCACCGCGCCGCGUCGUCUUCUUCCUUCCGCGUGGAGUGGAGAGGAGUCGGAAUUGAAAACGGUAGAAACACCGGUUCUGCUCCACGCGAGAAUCCGAGGAGCGCUGCCAAAGCGCCUCCUCCCCCAUCAGCUCCUCGCCGGAAUCGACGCGACUUGAUCCGCGAGUUUCAACGUCGCGAGGAGAGCAGAAAAUUACGGAGGCAGAGCGGCUGGGAGUUGAAGCUAGAGCGGCUAGGAGUUUGGCGCUACCAAACAGGCCCUCCUGCCCUUCGGAUCCGGAAGUUGGAGGAGGGCGCGGAGGCGAGGGUUGCAGGGUCUCCCCUGCUGGCCGGCAGCGGGGGUGGCGAUGGCGCACGAGCGGGGCGCCGCCGCAUCCACCCACGCCGCGGCUCCAACCUCCGAGGAAGACGCGCUGUUUAUUGAUUUACUACAUGAAGCACCCCUGUCGGGUCACCGGGAGCCUAGAAGCAUAGUUGGUGGGACCUUGUACUGUAUCUUAUUGGUAGGUUUUGCUGCUGUUGCCAUUUCAGCUCCAUGGAUAUUUCUCUUCGCGCCAGAUAUGAUCUCUCCAUUGCUAUGCAGCUCCAAUGCUAUCCUUCUUGUUCUUACAGGCAUUUUUCAACAAUAUUGGGUUCACCAGGUCAGGAAAGUGAGAUUGCAGGGCUAUUAUGAUUUUAGCCAGAAACUGAAGCGUAUUGCUCGACUUCCAUUUGCUACUAUUGCUUGUGGGACUGCUUUGAUGCUCUUAAUCAUGGUCUGGCAACCUCUUUUAAAAAUACUAUCAGUUUCACUGCUUCUAAGGAUUGCCAUCGUAGUUGAAGUCACGUGUGCUGGAUGUUUUAUGGGCUUAUACAUAUGGCACAUCCACAAAUACAACUCUUUGGAUGGGCAGCCUGAUAUUUUGCGGUCAUUAUAUUCUGCACUCCAGCCAUCUUGUACUUUGGAAGAUCGAAGAUAUCAUGAUGCCCGUCUUUCUGAUCAGCAAAUGGCGUUACUUCAGUACCAAAGGGAGAAUAUUCAUUAUCUGAGUGAGGAGGUCCUCCGCUUGCAAGAAUGCUUAAGCAAAUACCAGAGAACUGCUGGAACCACUCCUCAGGUUGAUCUUGCCCAUCUUUUAGCAACUCGUGAUCAAGAACUUCGAGCACUCACUGCUGAGAUGGAUCAAGUGCACUCCGAACUUCAACUUGCCCGUGGUUUGAUAGAUGAAAAGGACUCGGAGAUCCAGCGUAUCCGUCUGAGCAACAACCAGUAUGUUGAAGAAAAUGAUAGGCUCAGAGCUAUUCUCGGUGAAUGGAGUGCUCGAGCAGCAAAGCUUGAACGUGCGUUGGAGGCAGAGCGGGCGUCAAACAUCGAAUUGCGGAAAAACAUUGCAAAGUUUAGAGGUCAUUUGUACAAAGAGCAGGAGGCCUGAUUUUCCCGUGUUUGAGAAACUUGUACAUCUUCGGUGUAUGAUAACUGGUUCCGUAAUUUUACCUAAGAAGACAACUGACCAAAGGCAGUCAUCUCGGGGAAUUGUAGAAUUCCAGACGACCGACACAAAUUUUUGAUAGAGAAGAGCAUCUCGGUCUGGAUCCAUUCGAACUGAGAUUGAUUACGAGAUUGGCACAUGAUUGUUCGAUGAUGCAUAUGCGUAGUUUGAUGUACAUAUGUUCGUAGGUUUGAUCAUGUAGAGUAUGGUAUGCCUCGUCAUAAAAAAAAAAAUAGAGUAUGAUAUUCCUGUUAUUGAAGACUGCUGAGUAUCAUGAGCAUGGUAGUGUCUGCUUUGCACGCUCUUGCCAUUCUUGGAGCUCUGCUGCAGAUGGGAUUUUGCACUAAACUGAAGAGGCAGCUAGGAAAGAAUCUUACACGAACAAGAACAAGAUCGCCCGUCCAACUCCAGCUCAAAUACGCAACGCAGUGAAUGCACCCAGCUCAAAUACGCAAUGCAGUGACCGCCCCUCCAACUACAGACCCAGUUGGGCCUCAUGGCUCAUGGAUCACUCGCGCCUGAACCCAGUUGCCAGUUUGGCACCAUAGUUUUCUUUUUCGGAUUUGUUUGUGUUUUCCUAUUCUGUCAGACUCUUUCUUCUACUCUAUAUAGCUUGUUACAUAUUAGGCCA